GCCCCCUAAAGCCUUUAAAUGCGCGUAAAUAAAGGUCCGUCGCGUCUCUCGCGAGGUUUGAAGUUGGACGCGCCGAGCGCACUGCGCGCAAGAGGUGGAUGAGACGCCGGCAGUAAACCGCGAAAACCCAAAACGCGUCUCCUGGAAGGAGAGGCAGGGAAUCACCGUCCUGCGGGCCUCGAAGACAUCAUCAUGGGCAUUCACAUCAAAGCUUCUUUGCCAAUCUUGGCUCUGUUGUUCUUAAAACAUGCAGCAGGGCAAGAUGAACUGAUCGUCUCCACUGACAAAGGCAAAGUUAGAGGACUGAGGCUUCCUUUGUCGGGUGGUUCAGGGUAUGUGGCGGCCUUCCUUGGGAUUCCCUAUGCCAAACCUCCAUUGGACCAGCUUCGCUUCAGACAACCAGAGCCUGCUGAUGUGUGGAAUGAGAUACGAGAUGCCACUCAGUACUCCAAUUCAUGCUUUCAGUAUCCAGAUACAUUGUACCCAGGAUUCCCUGGAGCUGAGAUGUGGAAUCCCAACACGAAAAUUAGUGAAGACUGCCUGUACCUCAAUGUUUGGACUCCUUCAUCUUCAUCUGACCUCCAGAACCGAGCCAAACCCUUAGUCCCAGUUAUGGUGUGGAUCUAUGGUGGAGGCUUUUCCACAGGUACGGCAUCCCUGGAUGUGUAUGAUGGCCGUUUCCUCAGCCAUUCGCAACAAGUCGUGGUGGUAUCCAUGAACUACCGCGUAGGAGCAUUGGGCUUCCUGUCUUUACCAGAAAGUGAGAGCAUUAAAGGUAAUGCUGGUCUAUUUGACCAGCGCCUGGCUCUCAGUUGGGUGUCAAGGAACAUUGCUGCGUUUGGGGGUGAUCAGUCUUCUGUAACAUUGUUUGGGGAGAGUGCUGGUGCUGGCUCCGUGGGACACCAUUUGCUUUCACAAGGCAGCCACGGACUAUUCACCCGUGCAAUUCUCCAGAGUGGCAGUCCCAAUGCUGUGUGGGCGGCAGUGGAGCCAACUCAGGCCUGGAACCAUUCCUUGACUCUGGCUCAGCUUCUGAACUGCCCACUUGGACCAUCUGCUGAUGAAAUGGAGGCUUGCUUAAGGGCAGUUGAACCUGAAAAGAUAGUCAGUCUUCAAUUUGAAGUCAUUCCUGAUCCUAUGAUGAUAAGUGUGCCAUUUCCGCCAACAGUGGACGGAGAAUUUCUCACAGACAUGCCAAGUGUUUUAAUCCAGUCGGGGGAUUUUCUUAAAACUGAACUGCUUUUGGGAUUGAACAAGGAUGAGGGGACGUACUUUCUUGUUUAUGGCGCACCUGGAUUUGGCAUCCAUAACCAGAGUCUUAUCAGUCGAGACCAGUUCCUCGCAGGUGUAUCCUUGGGCCUCCCUGGUUUCAGUGACCUAGCCAGAGAGGCGGCAGUACUUCAGUAUACCGAUUGGACAGAUGAGCAAAGCAAGCCAAAAAACAGAGAGGCCCUAGGCUUGUUGGUGGGUGACCGCUAUUUCUCAUGCCCCUUACUGGAUUUUGCCCGUAGGUUUGUAGAGAAUGGCGGCAGUGCCCGAUUGUUCCUCUUUAACCAUCGUUCCACCUUCAACCCCUGGCCUGAGUGGAUGGGUGUAAUGCACGGAGAUGAGAUCCCGUUUGUUUUUGGGAUUCCUUUGAAUCAGACGUUUGAAUUCUCGAAGGAGGAGGAGGCCCUGAGCAGGAGGAUCAUGGAGCACUGGAGCAACUUUGCUAGAAGUGGGGAUCCGAGCGUGGAGGGAGCAGAUUGGCCGCCGUUCACGCUGGAACAUCAGCAGUAUGUCACGCUUAACACUGGCCUGUCACAAACACUCCGGAUGCUCCGAGCCCAGCAGUGCAAGUUCUGGGAUAGUUUCCUGCCAAAACUGCAGUAUGUCACAGUGAGUAUUGAUGAAGUGGAGUUCCAGUGGAAGUCUCAGUUCAACCGCUGGCGUUCUUACAUGCUGGACUGGAAGAAUCAAUUUAACGACUAUGCCUCUGUCAGAAAGCAACAGUGUGAAGACCUUUAAUGUCUCACCACAUUUCCCCAAAAACAGCCCAUGCAGUGCACUUAACUUCAGAAAGCAUAUAGAAUCCACAGAAACUUUCCUCCUCCUAUAUCUUCACAACAUGGUGCCUUUUUUGCUUCCUCUGGGCCUUGUCUGGAAGAGAACUUCUCAACUCAGAUAGGGAAUCCAUAUUCAGAUACUUUGAUAAGUUUAAGCGAUACAACAAAAUGUGUAAGCCGCUCUGGGUAAAAGUAUGUAUAGCAUAAAUGAAAAGCUAUAAUUAUAACACACACACACACACAUUUGUGUGUUUUGUUUUGUUUUUCUUUAGUUUUUCUUUUACAGCAUAAUUAUACCACAUGAAAGCAUUUAUUCCGCAGCCUUUCAUUUAUGCUGGAUUUUAAUUAAACUUUAAAUAAAAAAAUAUAUCAUUACACAAAUGAGAAACUAAUGACAAUCAUUUAAAAAAAUGACAAAUGCAAAAAAAAAAACAUAUAUAAAUAUUAUGUGUAUGUAUGUGUAUUUGUGUAAUUGCUAUCUUAAUGGCCAAAAAGUUUUGUUCGUUUGGUUUGGUAAUGUGUGACUGUUUAGUGCUGCAAUUUUAUGCGUUGUUUAAUAUGGAAUAUUUUUCAUGAUUUGCUUGAGGCUUGUUCCUUGUUUUGUUAACAAAACAGUAAUUUUUAAUACUUUCCAUUCUAAUUAAUGUGUUUGAGUGAAUCUAUAGAAUUAAAUGUGAAUGAACGUGUAAAUUCUGCAUUUUAUGAUGAAAUUCGGGUUUAAUGCAGUAUUGUUAACAGAAAGCUUCCUUCAAAAAGUAAUAAAGCGCAGUGUUUACACGGCACAUUUUGGUGCUUUAAACAAGUACUUCUAGAAUGGCAAUGAAGAUGAAUGUUAUUGUUGCAGCAACGUGAUGCUAAUAUUACACAAUUAGUCACUGUUAUGACUCUGUCUGUGCAAGAGUUUAUGUAACGUUGUCUUUCCUUCUUUCUUUUUUCUGUCCGUCUUUUUUUUUUCACUAAUCACAAAAUAGCAUUAUUGCUAUCUGUUCUUUUCAAAUAGUUAGCGUGACAAAAUGUAAUAAACUACUUGCUGUUC